GAGCCCGUGACCCUGGCACUCCCACCGCCACAUCCCCUGCGCGUGGAAACCCGAGCCGAGAGACAAAGUGGCCUUGUUUGUUGCCCAGGCUGGUCCUGAACUCCUAGGCUCAAGUGAUCCUCUUCCCUCAGCCUCCUAAGUAACUGGGACUAUAGACAUGCAAUACCAUACCUGCUUGGAAAUCUGCAUUCUUAUGAGCAGCACAGAAGAGUGUAAUGCAGGGUCAUUAGAACACACUUUAAACAACACUGCAGUCCCCCUACAGAGUUGUCAGCUCUCAGGUCUCAGGAGCUGCCCUGGCCUGGCUUACCAGUAUGGAGAUGGCUGGGAAGGCACUAUGUGAACGCUUCGAGACCAACAUGCUUUCCCAGUGCCACUGUCAAAACUGCUUCCACCCUGAGGAGGUCCACCGAGCAAGGCACCAGGAGCCGGGGAGCCCUCCAAGUGCCGAGCCACCCUACUGCGACCUGCCCCGAUGCCCGCCUGCCCCUGAGGACACGCUCAGCACCGAAACCUCCACCUUCCAGCCUGUGGUGGGCCCGGGCCUCAGGCAGGGGUCUGAAAGGGUCUUGUCCUCCAUAGCAGGGCUUUCUGACCAGGGCCCCACAGCUGUUCCCAGGAGUGGGCACGGGGGGCUUGAGGCAGUGCUCAAUUUGGAAAGCCCAGCCUCCUCUCUGUGUGACAGUUGUGACAAGAGCCCCAACUCUGACACCAGCUCCGGCCCUGACAGUGACAUCCCUGAUGAUACCAGCAACUCGUCUUCUGUGGACUGGCACGCUGUUGAGAGGCGGGACAAGGUCCCCAGCCAGGACGAACUCACCAUGAUGAUCCCUCGGAGGGCCCAGGAGGGGCCAAGAACUGACAGUGCCCAGAGAGUCACCAAGUCCCCUGUGAGAAGAGACUCCGAAGGCCAGAGAAAGGAGGACAAGGGCAGCAGGAGCAGGAGCACGGGACAGCACUGGGCGAAGCCUCAGGGAGAAAGUGGUUACUUCUCCUUGGAGCAACAUCGCUCCUCACCAACCCAGGCAUCCUCUGAGACACCACAGAGUGGACCUCGAAGUGCCACCUGCCAGGCAUCCUCAGCCCAAAGGGACAUUGCCCAGGCUCUGUCUAUACAAGAACCCCCACGAGCCUCCUCUGCCCACCGAAUCACCCAGAGGGACAACCCCAGGACCUUAUCCACCCAACGGGACAGCCCCAGGGCCUCGUCCACACAGCAGAACACCCUGAGAACAUCCUCUCCUUCCAGAGUCUCCCACCACCCCAGCACCUCGGCCCCUCGACGGAACAAUCCUCAACGUUCCUCUCCCCUCAGACCCACCCAACAAGACAGUCAGAGAACCACUUCUACCCAACAGGUCAACCUCCCAAACUCUUUUCCUACUUGUCCUCCUCAGCGGGAAAACCCCAGGACAUCCUGCACCCAAAAGGACAAUGCCAGAGUCACCUCUCCCAACCGAACCACCCAAUGGGAAAUCCCCAAGGCAUCCUGUGCACAACGGGACAGUUCCAGAGCCUCUUCUCCAAAUCGAGCCCCCCAGAGGGAAAAAUCUAGAACAUCCUGUGCCCAACAGGACAAUCCCAGAGCCUCCUCUCCUACCAGAACUUCUCAAAGAGAAAACUCUAGAACAUCCUGUGCCCAACGGGACAAACCCAGGUCCUCAUCUCCCAGCCGAACCCCCCAGAAGGAAACCCUCAGAACUUCCUGUAUCCAACAAAACACCCCCAAAACCUCUUCCACCCACCGAGACAACCCGAAACCCUCUUGUAGCAGAUGGGAGCACCUCAGAAGUGCCUGUACCCAGCGGGAUGCCCCACACUGCUCUUCCCCUCAACGAGAUGGCCCUGGGACUUCCUCGCCUCAGAGGUGCACCCAAAGGGACCAUCCUGGACUGCCAUCUCCUCGCCACGCCACGCCACGGAGCAAUCUCAGGAAUUCCUCUCCGCAUAGAACCAACAAGGACAUCCCCUGGGCAUCCUUUCCCCUUCGGCCUACGCCCAGCGAUGCUGCCCGAACCUCUUCCCCAUCUCGCCCCAAGCAAAGCGAGGUGCCCUGGGCAUCCAUCGCCCUCCGGCCAACCCAAGGUGACAGGCCCUGGACCUCCUCUCCCACCAGAUCAGCCCAGCGUGACACACCCAAGUCCUCCUGGGGACUGGGCCAGCACAAUGCGCCACCCCAAGCCGCCUCGUCCUCCUGUAACCCAGGCCACCUCAGUGCCUCCCGGACUUCCUCACCUCUGCACCCUGCAACACGUGGGCCGCCCCAGACCUCCUCCGAGCCCUCCCAACCUCCAUACGCUGUGUGCAUCGGUCACCGCGAUGCCCCGAGAGCCUCUUCGCCUCCUCGCUGUUUGCAGCACGACCCGUUCCCCUUCUUUCCAGAGCCCCAAGCCCCUGAGAGUGAAUCACCUCACCAUGACCCUCCCUAUAUGCCACCUGCCGUGUGCAUCGGGCACCGAGAUGCCCCUCGGGCAUCCUCACCCCCUCGCCACACUCAGUUCGAUCCCUUUCCCUUCCUCCCAGACACGUCAGACGCAGAGAACGAGACCGAGAAUGAGCCCCCCCAGCACGAGCCUCCACACCUCCCCCCACCCGUGUGUAUUGGGUACCGGGAUGCGCCCCGGGCCUCCUCCCCACCACGCCAGUUUCCAGAGCCCCCCUUCCUGUUCCAGGAUCUCCCCGGGGCCAGCACCGACAGCCUCGUGCCCCCCAUGGACUCCCUGCACGAGCCCCCCCACAUUCCCACCCCCGUGUGCAUUGGCCACCGGGACGCCCCCUCCUUCUCAUCGCCCCCACGCCAAGCCCCAGAGCCCUCGCUCUUCUUCCAGGACCGUCCAGGGGCCAGUAUGGAGAGUCUCGCCCCCUCCACUGACUCUCUGCAUGGUUGCCCCCUGCUCCCCCCCCAGGUGUGCAUCGGACACCGCGAUGCCCCUCGAGCGUCCUCCCCACCCCGACACCCACCCAGUGACCUAGCGCUCCUGGCACCCUCGCCCCCACCGGGCAGCUCCAGGGGCUCCCGGGGCUCAGCGCCCCCCGGGGAGACCAGGCACAACUUGGAGAGGGAGGAGUACACCGUGCUGGCUGACCUGCCCCGGCCCAGGAGGCUGGCCCAGAGGGAGCCAGCGCCCCAGGCGCAGGGCAGCAUCGGGGGCCGCACUCGAAGCCCCGGCCGCACAGAGGUGGAGCGCCUCUUCGGGCAAGAGCGCAGGAAGUCUGAGACUCCAGGAGCCUUCCAGGCUCAGGACGAGAGACGGUCACCGCGGCCCAGCCAAGGUCAGAGCCAGCCUCUCCGAAGACAGCCCAGCCCUGCCGCAGGGAGGCAGGUGACUAAGGCCCCUGCCAAGCAGGCAGAACCGGCCAGGAGGAGCCCAGCAGAACCUGCUCGAUCCAGGAGUCUCCAGAGACAGCCUGAGGGGGACGGGCGGCAACAGCGAUCCUCACCACCCCCCAGGACAUCGGCCAGGCCCCCUGAGAGGGAGCUGUGGACAGAGAAAGCUCUGGUGAGGGGCAGAGGAAGCUCAAGACAGCCGCUGCCAGGGUGGCAGAGUCAGGAGGAGCUGCCAGGGUCCCGGGUCCCUCAUAGUCACCUAGAAAGGAGCUGGAGCAGCCAGGAGGAGGGCCCAGGCCCUGGGGGCUGGCCAGGACUUGGGAAGCCCAGCCUGGGAGCUGCCAGAGCCCUGGAGGGAGCCUGGCAGGGCCUUCUCAGAGAGUACAGGGAGAGCUGGGGGCAGUCCGAGGCCUGGGAGGGUCCCCCCAGUAAUGGUCUUCAGGAGCGACCCCAGAAGCCAGCCCCAAGGGGCUGGGGCAGCCUGCAGGAGCUGUCCUUCCCCCCGCAGGCUGGGAGCCCCCCAGAGCACUCCUGGGUAGGCCAAGCAGAAUCCUCCCACCCCCAACGGCCUGAGACACCCACGGCCAUGGGCUCUGGCCCUGAGAGGCCUCCGGAGCUGGACUGGAGGGACCUGCUGGGCCUCUUCCGGGCCCCUGGGGAGGGGGCCUGGGCCCGACUGCCCAGGCUGGACUGGGAAGGCCUCCUGGAGCUCCUGCAGGCCAGGCUGCCCCACAAAGACCCAGCCGGACACUGGGGUGACCCGGCUUCAGGGCCACAGCUGGGUCCCCCAGGCACACAGGAUGAUGCCCUGGAGCAGGAGCAACACAGUCGGCCCGGAGGCUGGGCUGAGGCCAUUGUAGCCAAUGGACACCACCCUGGGCAGCAGCCCCAGAGCCCGGCCCAGCCACCCAUCGCUGCCUGCACCUCCACCCAGUGGCCGAAGACCCAAGAAACAAGUGGACCAGUGACCUCAUCUCUGCCUGGUCUGCAGCCGACAGCCCGGCUUGAGCAGAGCAGGCCUGCACAAGGCCCCAGCCUCCUAGAGCCAGAGUUCCAACCAGAGGAGCCUCAGGCAUCAGAACCAAGCAGAGGCCAAGACUCACUGACUGAGCAGGAACAGGCAGACUCGGCAGACAAGAGGCCAGCAGAGGGCAAGGCUGGGAGCCCGAUCAAGGGCCGACUGGUGACCUCAUGGCGGAUGCCCGGGGAUCGGCCCACGCUGUUCAAUCCGUUCCUGCUGUCCCUGGGGGUCCUCAGGUGGCAAAGGCCCGAUCUGCUCAACUUCAAGAAGGGAUGGAUGUCGAUCUUGGAUGAGCCAGGAGAGCCUCCAUCCCUGCCAGGCCGGGCUACAUCUCAGUGGAAGAAGCACUGGUUCGUGCUGACAGAUUCAAGCCUCAAGUAUUACAGAGACUCCACCGCUGAGGAGGCAGAUGAGCUGGACGGCGAGAUCGACCUGCGCUCUUGCACGGAUGUCACCGAGUACGCAGUGCAGCGCAACUAUGGCUUCCAGAUCCAUACCAAGGAUGCUGUCUACACCUUGUCGGCCAUGACCUCGGGCAUCCGCAGGAACUGGAUCGAGGCUCUGAGGAAAACUGUGCGUCCAACUUCAGCCCCCGAUGUCACCAAGCUCUCGGACUACAACAAAGAGAACACGCUGCACGGCUACGGCCCCCAGAAGGGCUCCCUGAAGGUGGGGGAGCAGCGAGCUGGCUCCGAGGUUGGAGGGCGAAGCGGCACCCGCAAGGUGGAUGGGCACCGGCAGUCCCUGGACUACGUGGAGCUCUCACCCUUGACCCAGGGUGGCCCACAGCGGGCCCGCACCCCGGCCAAGCAGGAGGAACUGGAGCGGGACCUGGCCCAGCGCUCUGAGGAGCGUCGAAAGUGGUUCGAGGCCACAGACAGCCGGGCCCCUGAGACUGGCGAGGCGCCACGCCGGGCCCUGGGCGCCCCACUGACCGAGGAUCAGCAGAGCCGGCUCAGUGAGGAGAUAGAGAAGAAGUGGCAGGAGCUGGAGAAGCUGCCACUGCGGGACAACAAGCGGGUUCCCCUUACGGCCCUGCUUAACCAAAGCCGCAGUGAGCGCCGGGCGGCCCCGAGUGACACCCACGAGGCCCUGGAGAAGGAGGUGCAGUCUCUUCGUGCCCAGCUGGAGGCAUGGCGAGUCCGAGGGGAGGCUCCUCAGAACGUACCCAGGUCGCAGGAGGACAGCCACAUCCCACCAGGCUACAUCUCACAGGAGGCCUGUGAGCGAGGCCUGGCAGAGAUGGAGUCCUCGCACCAGCAGGCGAUGGAGCAGCUGCAGCGACACCACGAGCGAGAGCUGCAGAGGCUGCAGCAGGAGAAGGAGCAGCUGCUGGCUGAGGAGACAGCAGCCACAGCCUCAGCCAUCGAGGCCAUGAAGAAGGCCUACCAGGAGGAGCUGAGCCGGGAGCUGAGCAAAACCAGGAGUCUCCAGCAGGGCCCCGAUGGCCUCCGGAAGCAGCACCAGUCCGAUGUGGAGGCGCUGAAGCGGGAGCUGCAGGUGCUGUCCGAGCAGUACUCACAGAAGUGCCUGGAGAUCGGGGCACUGACACGGCAGGCCGAGGAGCGGGAGCACAAGCUUCGGCGCUGCCAGCAGGAAGGCCAGGAGCUGCUGCGCCAUAACCAGGAGCUGCAUGCCCACUUGUCAGAGGAGAUUGACCAACUGCGCAGCUUUAUGGCCUCGAAGGGCACCAGCGACAGCUGUGGGCGUGGCAGUGAGCGGAGCUCCUGUGAGCUGGAGGUGCUGCUGCGGGUGAAGGAGAAUGAGCUUCAGUACCUGAAGAAAGAGGUGCAGUGCCUCCGGGACGAGCUCCAGACUAUGCAGAAGGACAAGCGCUUCACCUCGGGAAAGUACCAGGAUGUAUAUGUGGAGCUGAAUCACAUCAAGACUCGGUCCGAGCAGGAGAUCGAGCAGCUGAAGGAGCACCUGCGCCUUGCCAUGGCCGCCCUGCAGGAGAAGGAGGCCAUGCGCAACAGCCUGGCGGAAUAGAGGUCCUCCAGGUCCAGCCAGCUGCAGACCCUCCAGCCCAAGGGGACCAGUGGCCUUCCCUGAUGGAUGGAAGUCAAACGCCAAGCUUCCUCCCACCGUCUGUGGUCCGCGGGCGCAUAUGCACCUGCCACACACACACAAACAGGUACACACAAUCAUACACAUAUACAUACACGUGCACACACACAAAAACACUCGGCAUAUCUGAGUAUGCCCCUCGCACUGGGUCUUACCUUGCACCUUCUUCAGGAUUUUAUAUGUGAAGAGAUUUUUAUAUAGAUUUUUUUUUUCCCAAACACUUUAUACUUUUUUUUUUUUUUUUGGUACCGGGGAUCAAACUUGGGACCUUGCACUUGUGAGGCCAGCGCCGGAACCACUGAGCUAAAUCUCCGGCCCAUUUUAUACUUUUUAAAAAAGCAAACUCGGUGCCCUGUGCCUCCACACUGGCUCUGCUCUGUCUCCGGCCUCUGCUUGGGCUUCUGGGCGUUUUCCCUGGCGGUGGACACUGCCCAGGAGGUGUGGGAAGCCGGCCCCCUCCUCCCACCCUGCCUCCUACUAACGACUUUCUGCCCUGGGUGAACCCACACCCUGUGGCUCUGGACAGAGGGGCAGAGGGACAGAGGGAGCCAGCAGUUCCAUGUCCCCUCUGAGGGGCACUGGGCAUGGAACCGCUGGCGUCACCCAUGAAGGCGCCUCUCUCCUCCUCCGGGAACCUUCUUAACUUAAUAAAACAUUCCUGUGGCUCUGA